AUGGAUGAUGAAAUACCAGUUUGGGGUCGGUCAAGGGCAGAAGGGAGGACUAUUACUAAUCUUCAUCAUUAUCGUGCAGAGAUUUGUUAUGUAGCUAUUGACAAAAUAUGUGUCGAGAUGGAUCACUGCUUUAGCGAAGGAAGUAACAUUAUCCUUGAUUGCUUCUCAUGUCUUGACCCCAAGAACUCUUUCUCCAAGUUUGAUGUUGAUAAGCUUGUCCGUCUUGUUGAUAUUUAUCAUGAAGACUUUUUUGAUGAUGACCGUGGAAUAAUAAGGGAUCACCUUGAAACUUAUGUUUUUCAAAUGGUUCAAGCUGAGAAACAUUUGGUAUUUCCAUUGGUUUACAAACUUAUUGAGUUAGCUUUGAUAUUACCGGUGUCGACAACAUCCGUUGAAAGAGCCUUUUCAGCAAUGAAGAUUAUCAAGUCUAAAUUGCGCAAUAAGAUUAACAAUGAUGUCAAAAUUAGUAUUACAAGCAUAUGUGAUGAAGAAGCAAAAGCCGGCAUGAUAUGA